GGUCACGUCAACAUACGAAUUUAUUACAACUGGCCAUUGUCGGUCCCUUAAGUAGCUCUAGGCAAGAUGACAACUGUUCAGCCGUCAUCUCAAGUGCAUUCUACUGCCGGGGCCGUUCCCAUCAAAAAUGAGAAAGGUCAGAUGUACAUGUUGAAAGUGAAGGUGCAGCGUUACGUUGCUGGUAAAAAACCUGACUUUGCUUCCAGCUCAAGCUCGGACUCUGACAACGAACAGAAUGCACGGCAGGUGGAGGAGAUUAAAGCAUUCUCCUCACGACCUAGUGUAACCAAAGGCAGAGGGAAAAACGAAGAUGACGAUGGCGAAGGGCAGCUGACCGCCGCUGACUUACAGGACCCUCGGUUCAGACGUCUCGUGAGAGCAAAGGUAACUUUCUGUUGUGUGCAUUAUAUUCUUAAGAAGGUUAAACACUUACUUCUGAUGACUCAUCCUGGGGACCGUUGCAGUAUUCUGCGGUCCUAUAACCAAGCUUUCAGAUGGAUGGUUUGA